AUGUCACCGCCGCCUUCACAUCCCUCCACCUCUAGGGCGCAGGCCCCUCCUGGUUACUCAGAGUCUGGCAUGGGCAUCCAAGAGGACGACAGACUCGACGAUAGCCCACGUGCAUUCGACUCGCCCACGCGCAGCGAGAGUGCCCCCAUCAUACAACGUGAAGUCAAGCCAGUGGCGCCUAUGGAUGCGUCUAAACCUAAGCUCACGCCGAAAGAACGGCGAAAUGCCAAGAGGGACGAGCUGGUACCGAAGUGUCUGCGCUUGCCGAUCCUCGCGUUUUCGUGCAACAGCGCGAGCGUCGCUUUGUACUUGCCUGCGAUCUUCAUCUGCGAAUGCGGCGAGUGA